CUGUUUAUCAACAAGUUCUCCUCAACCGCUGCCGCGAAGGAAUUUGCGUUGUUUUCGUUGGAAUUUUGUGAUUUAAAAUUUUAUCAAAAAAACAGAGAGGAAAAGUGUUAAUUUGAUCGUUGAUUCGUUUGAUUUGCACGUAAAUUAUUGUUGUGUUUGAGUGUUGUGUUGUUGGAUCAAUCUGCCGAGGAAAAACAAAAAUGACGAGCCACAAUUGGGGCAUCGAAGAAACCAAUCUCAUGAUCCGGAAGCGGCUGGAGCUACUCGGUUGCGCCCGCAGCGAUAAGGUCUACGAUCAGAUCUCCAACUAUCUGGCCGAGAAUCAUAACUAUUAUAAAAAUGCAGCAGCCUGUCAAACUCGGUUCAACAAUCUGCUGAAAACGUAUCGAAGUUGCAUCAAAAGGCAAGCGACCGGCGGGAAGGUUUGCAAGGUGAGGUUCCCCUUCUUCGAUACCUUCCAUCAGUACUAUGGGACCAUGAACGUUUCGGUGGAUAACGGAACUAACAAGUGUAAAACGGAGAUCUUCUUUGAUGAUUUAUUCGCUGAUUGUUCCUAUGCGGUGGACGGCGGUGGUGGUGGUGGCGGUGGCGGAGAUGUAGACGGUGGAUUAAUGGAGGGAGAUAGCAUGAUGAUGGAUUCCACGCAAACUGGGGACGAGUAUGUGGAAUCGCCGGAGGAUCAGCAUGGGCAGGACGGAGAAGAGGAGCUGACGACGUCCCUCACGGUCAACAAUGGGCUGGACGAUUUGAAACUGAGAUUGAUGGAACAGAAGUUGCUGUAUUACACCAAUCAAAACAUGUUGCUGCAGAUCAAGCAGGAACACUACCGACAAAAGGACCAGGAUCGAGCCCGGGGGCAGCUGAUGGCCGAGGAAAUCCUCAGGGUGCUGAGGGGAAUUCACACGUGCUUGAAAAAGAGCCUGGAAGUGAAAGUCGUCCCGCAGCAAAUGAAGAAGCCCACCGAAAACAGUGCUCCGUCGAAAGGCGAAAGCAUUCCGGUGGAGCCAAAAGUUAAGGAUGACAUAGUCGACGAGGAAGAGGAAGCCGAGGAGGAGGAGGAAGCGGACUGCAGCAGUUCGGUGAUGCCGGUCGACGUGGAAUCCGGCGAUGAGGAAGAAGAGGAAGAGGAGGAAGAAUUCAAUGGGGACGGGCAGUCGGGCAGCGGUGGAAGUAGCGAGGAGGUGAUUAAAAAACCAGAACUUCCAAGACUGAAAGUGAGAAAGAAUAUAUUCCCGGCUUGGAAUCGAAUUCAGACGGUGUUGCUGAUAAAAAUCCACUGCGAUCUGAGGCCCAAGUUCAAGGGAUACAAUCUGUUCGAGUGCGUUUCGAACAAGCUGAUUGAGUUGCACAUAAAUAGGACGCCUAGAGACUGUCGAACACGAUGGAAUAAUCUUUUUAGGAGCUACAAGGAAUGCCGAUCGAGGUUGCGCGUGAACGAUAAAGCUCCGGUGAAGUUCGAGUACUUUGACGAGAUCGAUGCCUAUUAUAAGGAUUGCCAAUUUUUGACGAACAUAGUUUAAGUUUCAAAUUGUACAUUUAAUGAACCAGAGAUCUUUUAUAUUCUGUAACAAUACAUGAAAUGAAAUGUUGCUAAAAUUUUGAA